AUGGCUGAGUCAACAAGAAAGAAGCAGGAUAUUUAUCUUCUAGGCCAGCCUCUAAAAACUGCCAUUCUGGGUAACAAGUUACCAGCGAAAGGUGAAGUGAUGCGUCGCUUUCUGUACAUUCAUUUGUCAGAGAAAAUGACAGUUCGCGAUAGUGAGACUGCUGUUAUAAGAGAGGUACUUCCAAUAUGGCAACGGGUCAUAAUUCCUACAACUCAAGUAUACAACGCCAUUAAGAAGCUGGAUGAUAUGUUUAAACUGUGGCAAGGAGUAAAGAAACAUUCUAAGAGAAACUCAGAUGCUCAAAAACACAGAAUUUUGCUGGCACAAAAGGAACCGGGACGGCGUGGUUAUAUGAGUGGUGUAGAUAAGAAUCUGGCGCUGAAAGAGGCACGCUCGUAUGAAAGACCCUCAAAUCGACGAGCAAGGCAUAAGCAUCGUCAAGAACUUGCGUUGGAAAUUCGAAGGAAUUUUUCUCCAGACGUUCAUUUGGCUGUCCAUUGGGAUGGGAAGCUCUUACUUGAUUUGACCGGUAAUCAGAAAGUUGAUCGUCUUCCCAUUGUUGUUGCAGGAGCGGGAGUUGAAAAGCUCUUAUCAGUUCCAAAACUAGAAUCUGGUACAGGGGAGAGACAGGCUACAGCAGUGCACGAAUGCCUCUUAGAAUGGAACCUAGAGGAGUCUGUUAAGGCAUUAGUGUUCGAUACUACAGCGAGUAAUACUGGAAAGAAAAAUGGAGCAUGCACCCUGCUGCAACAAAAAUUAUGGCGUAACGUGCUUCACAUAGCUUGCCGUCACCACAUAUCUGAAAUAAUACUUGAGCAUGCGUUUUCUGCAUGCAUGUCGUCUAAUACGUCAGGUCCAAAAAUAGCACUCUUCUUGCGCUUACGAAAUGAGUUCAACAGCAUUAACCAAGCUGAUUACCAUACAAUUAUGGAUGAUGAAAGCACGAACAGCAAAGUUGAACAACACAAAAAAGGUAUCGGUAGCUUUUGCCUAACGCAACUUGAACAAUUUCAGCCAAGGUGCGAUUACAGGGAACUACUGGAGCUUUCACUUAUUUUGCUGGGAGAGACACCGCCAAGGGGAGUCAGAGUUUUGCAACCUGGAGCUCUGCAUAGGGCACGCUGGAUAGCGAGACUAAUAUACGUCUUCAAAUUGUACAUGUAUCGUCAUCAGUUUCUGCUGACAAGAGUUGAAGAAAAGGGAAUCUGUCGCUUCAUCGUUUUUGGCAUCUAUGUGUAUCUUAGAUCGUGGUUCACGGCUCCAGACCUUCUUAGUGCCGCUAGACAUGAUCUCCAGCUGAUUUCUCAUGAGGAGAAAGUGUUGAUGGUUGAUGCUCUGUCAGUGGAAUCAAAAACAACCAACGACUUCACCAAAAGAGUGCAGAUGAAUAUUAAUGACAUAUAUGAUGAAAUGUCUGUCAAAGACUUUGUGUCUUCGAACACCAUGCAAUUCUUUGCAAUCCUCGGACUGCCUCACUCAUUUCUAAACAAGAGACCCUCCGAGUGGAGAGAAGAUGAACAGUACAAGAAAGCUUUUGAAGUUGUAAGCGGUAUAAAGCCAGUCAAUGAUUUUGCAGAGAGAGGAGUUGCUUUGAUGCAGGAUUUUAACAGAGCAAUAGUAUCGUCUAAAGAACAAAAGCAGUAUCUUCUGCUACUUGUUGAGUAUCAUCGUACCCAGUAUCCAAACCCAAAGAAAGAGACAUUAGUGGGAGGAAAUACAUCUCCUAAACAACUAAAUGGUUUAACAGUGACACUGGGUACUGGACAUAAUAAUUUUAUCAAGUAG